AUGUCGGACAAAGCGGCGCAUCCUGGUGUGCGAAGCUUGCUGGCCAAAUUCGAGAACAAUAAUCAAAACAGCACCGCCUCUCCACCUCCGCGUGGUCGAUCGCCGAUAGGGUCGGAUCACACAGGAACCUCACGACCUCUUUCAAAGGUUCGCGCAAGUUUCAUAUCUGUGGAUAGGACGUCUCAAGGAAGUCCGGUCUCGGGGCUCAGGAGCCCAAGCAGUCCUAUCGAUGGUGCCGUUCCUCCAUCUAGAGUGAGAAGUUUCAACUCGGAAGACUUCGAAGCGGUUCUUAAGUGCUCAGGCUCCUCGUCUUCUCCGAGCAACAGUUCCAAUGCCGCGGAACAGCCUCGUGUCGAUCAGCCUCCAAAGAAUCCUUCGACCGAACCCCUGAUUAAGGGACAAACAGCAACCCAAACCAGCACUGGUGAUGUCUCCCAGACGGAGAAGACGGCGUCGGCGCCACAUACCGCAACGGAGACAGCCCCAGCUAAGUCAGCGCAGAAGCCGACGAAAACAGUUACCAAGCGACCUUCGAACGUCCAAAUUGGCAAGACUAACUCUGCUACCAAAUCGCCAGCCAAUCCGCGCGCACCAACCUCUUCAGCUAAACCGAGCACCGAAAGGACCUCUAGACCGGCGCACUCUACCAAGACAGCUGCGACGAAGGAUGACCACGCUGCAGCUACUCGUACUGCAACCCACAAGCCGAGUCGAGCAUCUUUGAAUACUACAGCGAAGGCCACCCACCCCGUCCGUGCUUCAAUGCCCGCGCGCGACUCCACCAAGCCAGCCACGACCGAUGACAGAACUACCCGCCCCAAAUCACCGGCCAGGGCCUCUCAACUACCACCAUCGAAGACGACUUCUUCUCUGUCCUCCGCUGCCAAAGGAGGGUCCGGUCCCGGCCUGACGCGGAAGCCAUCCACUCUGAAGAAAGCGGUCAAUGCAAGUCAGUCUCGGGCAACGACACCCACUGCGGCCAGUGUUCGCAAGCAAGCAUCUCGCCCGUCUCUCCCUGCCCAUUCAGGUACCGACCGCCCACAUUCUCGGGUUAGCAACGCAAGCGCCAAGCCGGUCGAUGAUAGCUUCCUCGCUAGAAUGAUGCGUCCAACCGCAAGUUCUGCCAGCAAGGUACAUGACAAAGUCGAAAUCAAAAGCCCUCCUCGAACUUCCAAGUCUGCCAGAGCCCCGAGGACAGUCGCCUCCAAGACCGAUAUCCGAGCAGCUCGGCCGCCGACAGAGAAGACCGAGUCAGAGAAGAAUCAGAGAGGCAAGGCGCAACCUGCUUCCACCCCGCCAGAUUCUAAAAAAGAAUUACAAGCUGCUCCAGUAUUGAAAGAGGUCUCGGAAGGGCAAGAAGUAAAGCCUAAGGCUAAUGUCAAUGACCAAGCGCCCAAGCCAGUCUCGGAAGAUGUUGAGAAGCUUGUCGAGGAACCCUCCACAGCGACCGCUGAUAUUGAGAAGGAGUCCACCGAUGCCUCCAUUGAGCCUGUCACUGCUCCCACUUCAGAAGCGCCGCUUGGAGAGACCGCUUCACCCAAGGUUGAUGAACUAGCUGAACAGCCCUUGGAAACAAUUGCCGAGCAAUCCGCAGAUGUGGAUCAAUCAAAGGCUGGGGAAUUGGCUACUCCCGUCUCUGUUACAGACGUGCCGGAGACAGUCGGAGCUUCAGCGAAGGAUAUUAGCAGCCCUGCCCCCGUUCAGGCAAAGGAACACUUGGCGAGCGAACUUCCAGCGGAACCUGAAAUGGAAAAGCCGGUCGAGCACUCCGAAAUCAUCCCAGCUGAAACGAAAUCAAAGACGGAUGACGUUGUCGCUGAGAUGGAGAAUUUGACUAUCAGUUAA